UUUUCGCAGCGCGCGAGCGUCAUCGGAAAAAAAUAAUUCUAGCACGUCUUGCCUUGCAAAAUAUUUUGUGGGUACUGGGUACUAUCAAAUUACCCUUAGUUUUCAAAUUGUUUUGGUUCAUGUGACCCGUAAUGGAGAUUGUAGUUCAUUAGUGCUAAAUAACGUUUAAAUUUGUGCGUCUUGAUAUUGUAUUUGUUUUGCUGUGUCGCGUGCGAGUUGACAAAAUGGUAAUAGAGAAAGUGCAUGGUCUUCAUGCGACGGGGAUGAGCCUCAACGAUAGGUUCUCGAUGCUGGCGAGCGUAGCACCGGUCCGUGUUGCUGGCCAGCGGAAAAGACGUGCCUCACUAAACUCAUUGAUCAGCCAGAAUUAUAACUAUAGCAACCGGUUGAUCGAGCAGGUCGCUCGCCGGUUGGAGCUCCAGGCCAAACGGCAAGCUAUGAGGCAGCGGCUAGGCUUCCAACAGUCAGGUCUGCGUCGGUUUGGCAGUGAGAGCAGCUUGGCGGGGCUGCGCAGGUCCAACAGUUUUGGUAACCUCAGCCAGCAGAGUGUGAAGAAUAGAGUCGCUUGGAGACAGUCUAACAAUAAUCUCAGCAGAGCAGGAUCGUUCAAUAACUUGACAAAGCUAGCAUGGAGCGGUCGCACUCUGCGUGGGUUCCGCAAGCGAGGUGGUGGUCAGCGUAUGGUGCCAGGACGGCUCAGGACCAAUCGUCAAGCACAGCAACGAAACGGCUUGCAACAACGGCGCGGGGUGCAACGGCGUGGGGUGCAACGCCGGGGGGUGCAACAACGCCGCGGGCAACAACGCCGGGGGGUGCAGCGCAACAACCAGCAACAGCAACAGAGCAACGGCCAGCAACAGGCGGGGCAGCGGCCGCAGGUUGCGCGUAGGGGAGGAGCCAGGGGUAGGGGAAGAGGUGGGAUGACCCGCAGCCAAUCUCAGCCCCGUCUCCUCUCCAAAGAGGAGCUGGAUGCCCAACUGGACCAGUACAUGUCCUCAACAAAGGCAGCUCUUGACAAAGAGUUAGACAACUAUAUGAAAAAUGCAAUGGACCUCGAAUGAUGUGAUCUUAGUGCCGUUAAUAGUGAUUUUUAAGUGACUGUUGAUUCUCAAAAAACUUCUGCUUUGCCGAGAGUCGUUAAAAAGCAAUUAUUAAAUAAAAAGAUUAAGCGAAAGGACUUCCA